UCCACCAUGUCCGUCUGCUCCAGCAACAGGAGCCAUGGCAGCCGUGUCUGCCUGCCCAGUGCUUGUCCCAGCUCCUCCUGGGAGGUGGAAGACUGUCCUGAGAGCCACUGUGAGCCUCCUUGUUGUGCCCCCACCUGCUGCCAGUCCACCUGCUGCGAGCCCACCUGCUGUGCCCCAGUCUCCUGUGCCCCAGCCUCCUGUCUCACCCUGGUCUGCACCCCUGUGAGCUGUGGAUGCAGACCCUGCCAAUCAGGUUGCACCAGCUCCUGUGAGCCCUCCUGCUGCCAGCAGUCCAGCUGCCAGUCCUCAUGCUGCACUUCCUCCCCCUGCCAGCAGGGCUACUGUGUCUCCGUCUGCUGCAAACCCAUCUGCUGCAGGCCUAUGUGCUGUGGCACCACCUCUUGCCCAACUCCCUCCUGCUGCCAGCAAACUAGCUGCCAGUCCUCAUGCUGCACUUCCUCCCCCUGCCAGCAGUCUUGCUGUGUGCCUGUCUGCUGCAAACCCAUCUGCUGCAGGCCUGUGUGCUUCAACCUCUGCUCAGCUCCCUCCUGCUGCCAGCAGUCUAGCUGCCAGACCCCAUGCUGCACUUCCUCCCUCUGCCAGCAGACCUGCUGCGUGCCUGUCUGCUGUAAACCCAUUUGCUGUAAGCCCGUCUGUUGCACCCCUGUCUGCUGUGGGUCCAGCCCCUGCACAGCCUCCUCCUGCUGCCAACCCUCUGUCUGCUCCUCCUCUUGCUGCAAGCCCUCCUCCAGUGUGUCCCUCAUCUGCCGCCCUGUGUGCAAGCCCGCCUGCUGUGUGCCCACCUCCUCUUGCUGUGCCCCGAUCUCUUCCUGCAUGUCCCUCAUCUGCCGCCCUGUGUGCAAGCCAGCCUGCUGUGGUCCCUCAUGUGGCCAGAAGUCCAGCUGCUGA